AUGUCCUCCCGGUCUCCCUCUCCCCGUCGAAGAUCACGAUCCCGCGGCGGCCACCGUCGCCGCCGAAGACGCUACUCCUACUCCCGGUCCCCUUCUCCACGGGGCCACCGCGCCGACCCUCCACCCCCUCCACCGCAAGAAGACAUGCUCAUGCCCCUAGAAGACAAACCCUGGUUCAAAAAGAAAACCCUCUGGGCCACUCUCGCCUCCGCCGCAACAAUCAUCGCCGUCUACCCAACCUGGAAAUCCGCCCUCGCAUCCCAAUCUUCUGCCAAAGGCUCUAAUCGCUCUGCAGACGCUUCGCAUCGGAGUGCGGAUGCUGCGGAACGCGCGGCGGAUGCGAGUUUGAGGAGUGCGAGGGCUGUGGAGAGGAGUACGAAAGCUGUGGAGAGGAGUGCGAAUGCGGUUGUUAAUACUGCUGUGGCGAGCGGGCAUAUGGAUCAUCAUGGACGGUAUUGUGGGCCUCCGCCGGGGACGAAGAAGAAGGAGGAGGAGAGUGGAGGUGGAGGAGGUGGUGGGAAGCAGAAGAGGUUGGAGUAUGGAUCUGACUCUCUUAAGCAUAUUUUGCAGAGUGCGAGUGUUCCGGCGGGGUUGGCUGUCAAGGCGAGUUAG